UUCUCCCGGGGCGGGUCAUGAACGGGCCGGCGGACGGCGAAGUGGACUACAAGAAGAAAUACCGGAACCUGAAGCGGAAGCUCAAAUUCCUCAUCUACGAACACGAGUGCUUCCAGGAGGAACUGAGGAAGGCGCAGAGGAAAUUGCUGAAGGUGUCCCGGGACAAGAGUUUCCUCCUAGACCGACUUCUGCAGUACGAGAACGUGGAUGAAGACUCUUCUGACUCAGAUGCCACUGCAUCUUCAGAUAACAGCGAGACAGAGGGGACACCCAAGUUGUCGGACACGCCAGCCCCUAAGAGGAAGAGAAGCCCUCCGCUGGGGGGUGCCCCCUCCCCCACCAGCCUCUCCCUGCCUCCUUCAACAGGGUUUCCCCUUCAGGCCUCUGGGGCCCCCUCCCCAUACCUGAGCUCGCUGGCUUCCCCCACCUACCCCCCAUUCCCUUCUGACUACCUGGCCCUGCAGCUGCCCGAGCCCAGCCCCCUGAGGCCCAAGCGGGAGAAACGGCCCCGCCUGCCCCGGAAACUCAAGAUGGCGGUAGGACCCCCCGACUGCCCCGUGGGAGGGCCGCUGACCUUCCCAGGCCGGGGUUCUGGGGCCGGCGUGGGGGCAGCCCUGGCCCCACUGCCCCCACCCAAGAUGCCUCCCCCUACGAUCCUGAGCGCCGUCCCUCGGCAGAUGUUCAGCGAUGCAGGCAGCGGGGACGACGCCCUGGACGGGGAUGAUGACCUGGUGAUCGACAUCCCGGAGUGAACCCCUCUGCCUGACCCCCUGCCCAGCGCCCUCUGUGUCAGCACACAUGAGCCCCCAGCUUCCGCAGAGACGUUUAUUGACGCCUGGUUGCCAUGCUGAGGCCACUGACACAAUCAGAAAAGGCGUAAACAUGCAUGAAUGUCCCCCAGAAGGUGGGCCCUCUCCAGGGAGGGCAGGGGCCCUGCCUUCACAUCCCAGCCCAAUCCAGGGGACAGUUAUUUAAAUGAGUGGGCCAGGAGCAUCUGCCACCUCUCAGAGAGGCAGAGACCCUGCAGUGGCCCCCCCACUUAAAAGGGCAGCUGUACAGGGCUCGGUGGUGGUGUUUUUUUUAAUGAAGAUUCUGCGUUAAAGGAGUGCCUCU